AUGGAAUAUCCAUAGAACUUAUUAACAUAAGGAAUCAAAUUCUCAAUUAUAGGAGAUAAUGUAGCAUAAAUUGUAUUACUUCCUGGUGAAUACAUAAUUACAUAAAACAAUUAUAUACAAUAUUAUUCAGACAACAUUGAGAUUAAAACAAAGAGAUCAUAUUUUAUUGUUGCAAAUCAAGUGACUAUUGUGAAUAAUAGCAAAGAGAAUGUUGCUUAUGUAGGAAUUAGUGCUUAAACAGGGAAAGUGAUGGUUUUAGAUGCUGCUAUUUUUAAUAAUUAUUUAAUCAAAGAAUCUUCAAUAUUAGCAGCUAAUGAUUUUAUUGAAGUGGGACCAAUUCCUUAAUUUUAAUAAAACUACUAAAAAAUUGUCUUUUCAAGAGAUCUAAUGAAAUAACAAUUAAUCUUUUUGAAAACCAAUGGAACAGUAAUUGAUAAAGAUCUUGGAGAUGGAGAAUCUAUCACUGUAUAGAAGCAUUCUAUUUUGGCAAUGUAAGAUUUUGUUCGAUAUGAAUUAAACCUAAAAGAUAAUACUAAAGUUAAAUUAAUUGGUCCAGGUAACUUAUCCAAAUAUUGAUAUUAGGUAGAAUUCUUUUUGAAAUCAAUAAUUAAGUUAUGCCAAAUAAUUUAAUGUUAUCAAGAAGAAGACAAUUAAUUCAUUUCUUUUUGUUAAUGUCUAUGCUUUUCUUUUUAUCUUUUGUUGACAUCAUGCUAGACAUUGGAGCCGGAGUUUGA